AUGAAAUUAUUAAUCAUAUUUUGUGUUAUGAUUGGAGUAUGCUCUGCAAUCCAAUAUUCACGUGGUUGUUAUAAGGGAGAUGUCAAACCAAAUUCAGAAGUCAUGAUUGUCAGUGUCAAUGUUCCUAGAUCAAGCUCUCAACUUGCUCUAAAUGCAAUCGUCAAGGGAGAUGUCUGUAUAACAGUGACCAGCAAUAGCAGAGAAUACAUCUUCAAAAAUAUCAACAACUUUUCGGAUCCUCCUAUCUUCGCAAAAGGUGUUGAAAAUGCACGUCUAUCUGAGAUCAAUGCUACCAAUCCGCAGGAUAGAGUAACCUAUGGAGGAAAAGUGUGGGUCAAACAAACAUCAUACCCGUUCAUUGGUCUCACCGCAAUUACCGUUACUAUCAAAGACCCAGUAAAAAUAUCACCAUAA